CAGAAGUCCUCGCGCGUCGUCCUCCUCGCCCUCCAGGCCGUUUGCGUCCAGCCGGAGUCCGCUAGCCUCCACCCCGCCGUCCGCCGUCCGCCGACCGCGGUACGCCUGCCGCCAUGCUGCCUGCCGCGCUGCUCCGCCGCCCAGGCUUGGCCCGCCUCGUGCGCCAAGCCCGCGCUUACGCCGAGGCUGCCGCCGCCCCGGCCCCCGUCGCUGGCCCGGGACAGAUGUCCUUCACCUUCGCCUCACCCACGCAGGUGUUCUUCAACGGUGCCAACGUCCGGCAGGUGGACGUGCCCACGCAGACGGGAGCCUUCGGCAUUCUGGCAGCCCAUGUGCCCACCCUGCAGGUCCUGCGGCCGGGGCUGGUUGUGGUCCAUGCUGAAGACGGUACCACUUCCAAAUACUUUGUGAGCAGCGGUUCUGUCACAGUGAAUGCUGAUUCCUCGGUGCAGUUACUGGCUGAAGAAGCUGUGACACUGGACAUGCUGGACCUGGGGGCGGCCAAGGCGAACCUGGAGAAGGCGCAGUCGGAGCUGUUGGGGGCGGCAGAUGAGGCCACGAGGGCCGAGAUCCAGAUCCGCAUCGAGGCCAGCGAGGCCCUGGUGAAGGCCCUGGAGUAGGCGGGGCCUGCCCCGUGUUGGCUGUGGCGGAGGCCCAGGCAGCGGAGGCAGCUCCCGUGGUCCAGGCUGACUUGGGGGGCAGGAGGCUGAGUGAAGCGGGCCAGACAGCCCCUAGAGCACUACUUCCCUAGGGGAAGCGGUCCUUGCUGGGAAGCCGCCAGGUGGCAGCAUAGGGCCAGCUUCUGUCCAGGGCAUCCUGCAGGGCUUUGUUCCCUCCUGCUAAAUAAACCUCAGGAACAAGCCCUCAGCAACUCUGGCCAACUUGGUGGGGCGGGGCGAGUUCAGACACUCGCCCUGUCCGUGGUGGGUAUUGUCACUCUGGGGGCUCUUGUCCCACCUCCCAAGAUCCCCUGGACCUGAUGUGCUGCCCACCACUCCCCUGCCGAGCCUGCUGCAGAGAGCUCUGCUCCCAGCCUUCUCGCCCAGACAGCCUGCCCCCUCCCAAGGCCCUCAUUAAAGAUCUGGGAGCCAA